UAUCGUAAUCAAACUUCAAUGUAGAAUAUAUGUCCAUUGUCCAGCUCUACCUCCCGCCAACACAAAUGUUGGAUAACUCUAUACAUAAAAAAAAAUUGAACAAACAGAAAGAACUCUUGAUUGAUAUCAUAAUCAAACUUCGAUUCGAAAAAUUCAAUUUUCGGUGAUAUAUGUUCAUCGUCCACCUCGACCUCCCACCAGCAUAAAUGCUGGAUAACUCUAUCCAUCAAAAUUUGAACAAACAGAAAGAGCUCUUGAUUCAGUAUCAUAAAUCAAACUUCGAUUUGGAAAUUAAAUUAUCGGUGAUAUAUGUCCAUUGUCCACCUCUACCUCCCACCGACGCAAAUGUUGGAUAACUCUUGAUUCGAUAUCACAAUCAAACUUUGAUUCGAAAAUUUAAUUUUCGACGAUAUAUGUCCAUUGUCCACCUCUACCUCCCACCAACACGAAUGUUGAAUAAUUCUAUCCAUUUGAAUAAACAAAAAGAACUCACUUUAUUUAAAACGUGAAACCUCGUGAUUUCUCCCGGGAUAUCUCAAACAUUGAGACUUUUUAAUACUAUGCAUUACCAAGUCCAAGAAAAAGGAACAAUCCCCAUAAGGCCAUAAAAUAAGAUCAAUUUGACACUACCUUUAGACCUUAUACAUUUAUAUUUAUAUACCACUACUCUUCCACAUUUCACUUCCUCCCUCCCCUCCCUUGCCUUCUCUACAUUUUCAUAUUCAAAACCAAAACAUGAACUUCCUGAUCUCUUGCAUUAUAUUCAUACUUCUUCUUCCUUCACUAAUCACAUCACAAACUUGUCAAAAAUCAUGUGGCAAUAUACCAAUCAAAUACCCUUUUGGCACUGGUCCUGGCUGUGGCGAUCCGCGAUUUCAACCUUAUGUUAUCUGCAACAAUCAACAACUCUCUUUCAAGACACACACAGGAUGUUAUCCUGUUACAUCCAUAGACUACGACCACCAAAUCAUGUACAUUACUGACCCUUCUAUGUCAACAUGUGCUUGUACACAACCAAGUAAAGGCUUUAGUCUAGACGCUAACGCGCCUUUUACCUUUCAUGAUCAAACAGUUUUCGCGUUGCUUGAUUGUGCAACUGAUUCUUCGUCAAUCUACAAAUCGAAUAAUGAAGGGACUAACUCAACUUUCCCUAUGUGUGACUCUCAGGGUGCCCCUGUUUGUGGCUUAUUAUAUUCUUGUCAAGCUAUUAGUAGACUCAAUUUACCAAUUUCAACUUGUUGUGUUUACACACCUGUUGAUCUUGGUCCCGCGUUUGAGAUGGACUUAAAUAAGUUGCAGUGUUCAUCAUACUCUGCUUUAUACGGCUUUAGUGGCGAAGAAUUGAAUCCUCAAGUAUGGAAAUAUGGGAUCGCGUUGAAAUACAAGUUCAAUUUCAACAAUGAUUAUCCUGAUAUGUGUGCUAAUUGUGAAAAAAGCAAUGGUGUUUGUGGAUAUGGAGGACCUUAUAGUUCAUUUGUAUGCAAUUGCCCUAGUGGAUUCAACACGACGAACGAUUGUUUCCUUGGAUCAUCUUGGAGUAACAGCUUCAGAAAUGUUCCAUGGCACAUUGGGGUUCUGUUGAUUAACGCGUUGGGAUUGUUCAUCGUGUUCGUGUUAAUGUACGAUGUUACAAUCUUUUGUUGGUUUUAAUUGAUUCAUGGAGAAUCCUUGGAUCUUCUUGGUUUGUUGUAAAAUGUUAAAUAAUGGUUGAGAAAAAACAGGGAGGUUAAUGCAAAAGGGUGGAUUUUUUUUUUUUUUGGAUCAUUUUUGUAUGUGUUGGGCAAUUACAUUAUGCUAAAAUGAUCAAAUUUAAUUUCUUUA